CAAGAAGCAGUGAUCGCGACGUUACGUCGUCGCCAUUUUGUUUCACCGGGAGUAAAGAAAUCAACCUAAAAAGCAUUGGGCGUGAAUAUUUACCUUUAUUUGGAGCAUCUUCAACACGGCGGAUCCGCAUCGUGCACCCAAGUUUAGAUUUGCAUGAUGUCUGGAGACAUGGCCACAGAUCAUGUAAAUGGGAACGGGACGGAGGAACCAAUGGACACUACAACAGAGGUGACCCGCUCCGAACACUUCCCAGCUUUACUGGAGGCUGGUCUACCUCAGAAUGUUGCAGAGAAGCUGGAUGAACUUUAUGUAGCAGGCCUAGUCGCUCAUAGUGACCUGGACGAAAGGGCGAUUGAAGCUUUGAAAGAAUUCAACGAGGACGGCGCGCUGCAAGUGCUGGUCCAGUUCAAAGAGAGCGAUCUGUCACACGUGCAAAACAAAAGUGCCUUUCUCUGCGGGGUGAUGAAGACGUACAGGCAGAGGGAGAAACAAGGGACCAAAGUAUCAGAUUCCACUAAAGGACCGGAUGAGGCUAAAAUCAAAGAACUCCUGGACAGAACCAACUACACGCUGGACGUAACAACAGGCCAGCGAAAGUACGGCGGGCCUCCGCCUGAGUCGGUGUACUCGGGGGCCCAACCCAAUGUUGGAACAGAGAUAUUUGUCGGGAAGAUCCCCCGCGACUUGUUUGAAGACGAGCUGGUUCCUCUCUUUGAGAAGGCUGGACCUAUCUGGGACCUGAGGCUAAUGAUGGACCCGCUGAGCGGCCUGAACAGGGGCUACGCCUUUGUCACAUUCUGCACUAAAGAAGCGGCCCAGGAGGCGGUGAAGCUGUGCAAUAAUCAUGAGAUUCGCCCCGGGAAGCACAUCGGCGUGUGUAUAUCUGUCGCCAACAACAGGCUAUUUGUUGGCUCCAUUCCCAAGAGUAAAACAAAGGAGCAGAUUGUGGAAGAGUUUUCUAAAGUUACAGAGGGCCUCAGUGACGUCAUACUGUACCAUCAACCCGACGACAAAAAGAAGAACCGAGGCUUCUGCUUCCUGGAGUACGAAGACCACAAAACGGCUGCUCAGGCUCGCCGCCGGCUAAUGAGCGGCAAGGUGAAGGUUUGGGGAAAUGUAGUGACGGUGGAAUGGGCCGAUCCCAUCGAAGAUCCCGACCCAGAGGUCAUGGCCAAGGUGAAGGUUUUAUUUGUGAGAAAUCUUGCCAAUGGCGUCACAGAGGAGCUCCUGGAGACGUCCUUCAGUGAGUUUGGGAAACUGGAGCGAGUUAAGAAGCUGAAAGACUACGCCUUCAUUCACUUUGAAGAGAGGGACGGCGCAGUGAAGGCGCUGGAGGAGAUGAACGGGAAGGAGAUGGAGGGGGAGCCCAUUGAGAUAGUUUUUGCCAAACCACCAGAUCAGAAAAGGAAGGAGCGCAAAGCUCAGAGACAAGCCGCCAAAACCGUAAUGUACGAUGAUUAUUACUAUUACCCUCCUCCUUCCCACAUGCCGCCUCCUGUCAGAGGCCGGGGCAGGGGCGGCAACCGGGGCGGCUAUUCUAAUUACCCCCCCGACUACUACGGUUACGAGGACUACUAUGACUACUACGGCUACGACUAUCACAACUACCGCGGCGGCUACGACGACCCCUACUACGGGUACGACGACUUCCAGGCCCCGAGCCGAGGACGGGGUGGCAACAGAGGCUCCCGGGGAGGAUCCUCUCCGGCCAGGGGACGCGGUGGCGCCGGGGCACCCAGAGGACGAGCCAACUUCUCCCAGCGAGGCGGGCCCGGACCGGGACGCGGCGGGCGGGGAGCGAGAGGAGGCCUGCAGCCGAGAGGGCGAGGAGGGGUACGUGGUGCUCGGGGUGGCCGCGGUGGAAAUGUAGGAGGAAAGCGCAAAGCUGACGGGUACAACCAGCCAGAUUCCAAGCGUCGCCAGACCAAUAAUCAGAACUGGGGCUCUCAACCCAUUGCUCAGCAACCGCUCCAAGGUGGUGAUCAUUCUGCAGGACAAAGAGGAGGCUGGUCCUGAUGUGUCGCUAUGAAGACUGACCCAGUGUAAGGCGUGACACUGCAGGCUGCCAGUGGAUGGAAUGGUAAGGUCAACUGACUCAGUGGUCCGAUGGUUUCUCAGCCUUCUUUAAGGAGCAGAUCUCCUCUAAACUGCCAUGUUCCAAGAUAAUCACAAGAGCAAAACUUUUCUUUUUCUGAUAUAAAAGAGGUGACAUAAGUUUAUAAUCCCCCAAAUAUGCCAUUUGAGACUUGCUGAGUUGAAGGUCAUGAUAGACAUCCUUCUGGAAAAGUCUUUGCACUUUUUAGUUUUAAGUUUGUUGUGCUUUAGUGGAAUUUUAUGCUAUUUUGUUACUUUGCGCUCCUAAAGGGACAGUUCACCCCAAAAUGUAAAGUACAUAUGUUCCUCUUAUCCGUGCAGAUUGUCUUGGUGUGAGUUGCUGACUGAGUGUUCCUUCUCUCCUGCCGCGGUUACUCGAGAUAAUCCACCGACCUUGUUGCGAGCGGUUUCAUGUAGGAACUAUUUUCCUUCUACAGAAGCUUCUCGACCGUGAGUAGAAGCGCACUUCCUUCUGCACCGUGAUACGGUUGGCAGGUGUAGUUUGGUAGAGCGAAAAUAGUUCCUACAUGAAACGUCUCACGACGAGGUCGCAGAGUAACUGUCAUGAUUUCUGGGAAGAUGGGAGUUUUUCUAAUGUUGUUUUGGCGCUUUGAGCAGCACAAGCCGGAGAGACGGCCGACGCCUCCAACACUCAGCAACUCAAACCAAAACCUCUCCCCUGAUAAAUGGCUCCACAGGUAAGAGGAUGAAAAGCUUCUGUUUCAGGUUAACUGUCCCUUUUUAAACUACAUCUCUAUGAUGGACUGAGCAUCGGAGUUGUGAGGUGUGAUCGUCUCGUAGGUCGGUUCUGUAAGAACCUAAACCACCGUGGGUCUGUUGACUACCUCAGUUUCGAGGACUCGCCUGCUCUGUCACAUUUUUGUACUUGACAAAACUGAGGCGGGGUUCGGCCCCGGCCCUCCACCUCCAGAGAUAAGCACGGGCAACAACAGAGCACUUAAUGAAUUGUAGCGCUCAGUUGAGACUUGAUGUAGGCUGCAGCUACUGCAGGCGUGUCAGCUGGUGCUCCUGAGAUGAGCCUGAACAAGCCUCGCUGUCUUACGACGGCGUAUUAGCGCCAUUUUAGAAUUUAAAAAAUGACGAUGGAGGGACAAAUCCAGACUUCCAGAUUGAAGUCGCAAAUUUAAGAGAAGUUUUACAAGAAAUGUUUUUUUGUGUCAUGGAGCCUCAUCACAUCUCAGAUCACGCCGCUUGACGUGUGUUCUGUCUGCAGUGGACGACGAUGUCGAAUUAGGAAAGGAAAUGCAUUAUAACGUUGUUCUAAGCAUCGGGACUUUGUGGAGACAUUGUUUAGGUGGUAGUUUGUGUUCAUCAGGGACUUGAACACGAUGCACACACGCUCCGUGCUGCUGCCAUGUUGAUUGAAGCCUUGUGGUGCCGUGACAACACAAUAAUUCAGAUUUCUUUUCUCAUGAAUUUGUGACUUUAAUCGCAGAGAAUUUCUGAUUUAUUUUUCUUGCAUAUUUCUGAUUUUAUAAUCUCAGAAUAUUCAACUUUCUCAUAAAUUUGUGAGUUUUUUUCCGGUAAAUUUACCGUUUAAAUCUCGUAAAUGGUGAGUUAUUUCCUCACAAUAUUUCCCUCCUCAGCUCUAUUUUAUUUUCCUACAAUAUCCCUAAUACUCCGUCGUGAUGACUGAACUGAGUGAUGAUGUAGUUUACAGACAAACUGUUUUGUAAAUGUUACUUUUCUUUGUAAAAAUACCUGGAAACCCGUCGUCCUCUGUCUUCCACGAUGGGACAACUGUCUUGUUUUUAUUUGUACCAUCGAUGUGAGGAUGUUAGCAAAGAGAUUUGUGAGGCCGUCUGCUCUGCACAAACAUCUUCCAUGUCAGAAGAUACAUUUUGUAUUGUUUGUAUUUGUAUUAUUUAGGUUCUAAGCUGGCGUGGAAGGAAAUACAUUAAAUUCCAGGUCCUGAAAACGUUUAUCGCAAACGCAUGGUUAUACGUUUCCCAUUGUGUCACUGUAGACGGAUUAUGAUGCCAUAUAUGUGGUUGUGACAUUUUCUCUAGUAAACUGGUGUUAGUUCAUGUAUCAGUACACUUUAUACUGCAAAUCAAAAAUGUUAAGACUUUAAAGGAGCAAUCCAUCCUGAUGUAUUUGAGCUUUGGUGCGUUUUGUUUAACGGCCGGUGUGAAAAACUUUACCUGCAGAUUACCCACAAGUCUCAGCGAGGGUUUUCCACCACUGAGCCUUGUUUUAGCAAUAAAAAGAGUUUUAAACGGUCAAUAGAAAUUGUAAAUGAUGAUUCUGGAUUUAGGUUUCUUUCUGUGUAAAUCCCUUGAAAAGACAGAAACCAACAAUGUGUCUCUUAAUACUUUAACUUCCUCUCUGGCUGUCGCUUCCAAGACCUUUGGUUUCUACCAAAGACAGAUCUUUAGAAACACAAACAGGAACAGCUGUUCACUUUAGUUUUUACUGAACAAACAGGAGGAAGUAGUGCAUCGGUUGGGGACUAUUUUCAGCGGCGGAUUAAUCCACAUUUAGUGUGUGUGUGUGUGUGUGUGUGUGUGUGUGUGUGUGUGUGUGUGUGUGUGUGUGUGUGUGUGUGUGUGUGUGUGUGUGUGUGUGUGUGUGUGUGUGUGUGUGUGUGUGUGUGUGUGUGUGUGUGCAUGGUGUCUCAUUAGUGAGUUUUAAUAGUUUUUGGACAACAAUGUAGGGAGACUACAUCAGGCUUCACGCACACGCACACACACACACACACACACACUACUUGUUAUUACAGUCAUUGCUGGUUUCAGGCUUUUUUAUGGGAUUUGUUAAGAAAAAUCUAAAAUACAAUCGGACUUGUUUUUGUAAUUCUGUGACAUUUCCAGGUUUGUUCCUCUGAGUGCAUUGAAGAAAUGAUUUAACGUUAAGCACCCACAAGAUGUUUUAAGUUUGGGAUGAAUAUUUAUGUGACUAUCUUCUGGGGGUGGUGAAAUGCAUUCUGGGAAUUGUAGGCAAACAAUGAAUUUGCUCGGUCACCUUUUCACCACAGCGUAGGUCAGAGUGCAUGUGUGUCACGCUGCAGCAGUAUGUGAGGCUGGAUUUCUCCGUUAAGAUCUUUCUUAAUCUUUAGUGUUUAAUCGUCUUUCUUUGCCAUGAAAUGCUCCGUCUUUGAAUCCGACUCAUGUUUUAGCUUUCUUCCAGUUCAGAAAGGAUUGUGCAGCUUGUUCUUUCUCUUUUUACCGGGUUUGUAAAAUACUUUUGUUUCAUACUAGUGUUGACUCUGUUGGAUCACCAAUUUUUAGAGUCAAGAAUAAUGUGUUUGUUUUUUUUGCUAACAAGUGUGUUUGCAUUCUUGCAAAUGAAUUGUUUUAUACUGUACAGUGAGGUGAGUUAAACCUAUUUUUCUAAUAAAGUUAUUGACUUUGA